AUGGGAAGGGCAAGGCAUGGAUCUAUCCGGUCGCCACUGUGGAAGGGUGGUGGUGUCAGUCAUGGACCACGGUCACCCACGAGCCACUUCUAUAUGCUGCCCUAUUUUACGAGGGUCAUGGGACUUACAUCAACGCUGUCUGUAAAGUUGGCCCAGAAUGACUUGUUUGUGGUGGAAAAUCUCGAUAUUCCCGUAGAGGAUCCGAAGUUUGUGCAGGAACUGAUAGAUGCUCGGACUUGGGGACCGUCAGUGCUGAUAGUUGAUGAGAGUGAUAUUUUCCCUUACAACAUCACUGCAGCCACAGAACAAAUUCCUCAUGUUACUAUGAUGCCCCUGUACGGGCUGAAUGUCUACUCUAUGUUGAAAUAUCACACCCUGGUUCUCACGAAGGACGCUGUCCGGAAACUCGAAGAAAGAAUUCUCUACCAGUUCAAUCGAUCGGACAGCAGGGAACUCGUGAAGAAAUUCCGCGUUAGUCAGUGAAAAACAUUUUAAAAGGGCAACAGAAUUUAAUAAAGUAGCUUUCCAGAGACAAA